AGACAAUCCAACAACCAUCCCAUUCUAACUACUACCCACCUACACCCUACCCUCCUGUCACACCUCCGCCCUAUUUAUCCCUCUACAUAGCAUACACCACAAUAUCCAAAUUGUCUCAUCAUGGAUUACACAGACCCCUUCCUCCAAGUCCAAGCGGACGUCCUCUCCACCCUACAAACCACGCGACCGCUCUUCUCCUCGUACCUGCGCAUCCGCUCGCUCGCCAAAUCCCCCAGCAACCCGGAGCUGCAACAAGCGCGCUCGGAGCUCGAAACCACGCUGACCGACCUCACCGCCGACCUGGACGACCUCGUCGAGAGCGUGCGCGCCAUCGAGCAAGAUCCCUACCGGUUCGGUCUGGAGCUGGAAGAGGUCCAGCGUCGCCGGAGUCUCGUCACCGAGGUGGGCGCGGAGAUCGAGAAUAUGCGCCAGGAGCUGCAGCGGGCGGUCACGACGGCAGACGCCGCGGCGGCGGCGAGCGGUGGUGGCGGUGGUGCGGGGUCCUCGCAUCUGCCGAAUCCGGCGGAUUUUGAUGAGGAAGACGGGGGUCUGCUGUCGCCGUCCGGGGAGCGGGGCGAUGAUUACUAUGCGGCCAUGGAGCAGCAGCGGCAGAUGGAGUUGAUGCAUGAGCAGGAUGAGCAGCUGGAUGGGGUGUUUCGGACGGUGGGCAAUCUCCGGCAGCAGGCGGAUGAUAUGGGGCGGGAGCUGGAGGAGCAAGCGGUGAUGAUUGACGAGGUGGAUACCCUGGCCGAUCGGGUCGGGGGCAAACUACAGAACGGGAUGUCGCGAUUGAAACAUAUCAUCCGGAAGAAUGAAGAUACAAUGUCCUCCUUCGCCAUCGCGGUCUUGAUAUUCGUUCUAAUCCUCCUCUUGAUCCUGCUCCUUGUGCUUUGAAGGGGAGGAAGUUUCGUCCGGUCCGCGGAUUUUAGACCUUGGUCUUCUUGCGGGGACGGGACUGUUCCUCCUCGUCGUCCUCAUCCUCGGACGCGUCAAUAUCGCUGUAGUCGACCUCCUCGAUGGAUUGAUCCGUGACUAGACCACCGUCAGUCAGCCAGUGUGAAUGAGAAAAAAUGCAGUCGAGGCCACCACACUUACCAUAGUACUUCAUCGCAUUGGGCCAGAGAUCCUCAGCAACGGCGAUGGCCAGCUCCUCGCCACCGGGGAAGAUCUCGAUGAACUCGAAGUCGUCCUCCAGAUCAUCGUCCUCGUCGUCUU